AUGGUCCUUUUGAGAGACUCUUUUCCCCUGCAAGGAAAACAGUGUUUCCGGCUCCCUGCUGUGUGGAGGCCGAYGUCGCCCUCCUUCGCCCCGACGUCGCCCUCGGUCACCCCGACGUUGCCCUCGGUCGCCCCUCCUUCGCCCUGCUUCGCCGUGACGUCGCCCGUCCUUCGCCCUCCUUCACCCCGACGUCGCCCUCCGCCACCCCGACGUCGCCCUCGGUCGCCCUCCGUCGCCCCGACGUCGCCCUCCUUCGCCCUCCUCCGCCCCGACGUCGCCCUCCGUCGCCCUCUGUUGCCCCGACGUCUCCCUCCUUCGCCCUCCUUGGCGCACCGACGUCGCCCCUCCGUCGCCCUCCGUCGCCCCGACGUCGCCCUCCUUCGCCCUCGGUCCYCCCGACGUCGCCCCCCUUCGCCCUCUGUCGCCCCUCCGUCGCCCCUCCGUCGCCCUCCUUCGCCCUCCGUCACACCGACUUCGCCCUCCGUCGCCCCUCCUUCGCCCCGACGUCGCCCUCCGUCGCCCUGCGUCGCCCCGACGUCGCCCUCCGUCGCCCCUCGGUCCCCCCGACGUCGCCCUCCUUCGCCCUCCGUCGCCCCGACGUCGCCCUCCUUCGCCCUCCUCCACCCCUCCGUCGCCGUCCCUCGCCCUCCGUCGCCCUCCGUCGCCCUCUGUUGCCCCGAUGUCGCCCUCUGUCGCCCUCUGUUGCCCCAACGUCGCCCUCCGUCGCACCGACGUCGCCCUCCGUCGCCCCUCCGUCGCCCCACCGUCCCCCUCCGUCGCCCGCCGUCGCCCUCUGUCACCCCGAUGUCGCCCUCCGUCGCCCUCCGUCGCCCUCAGUCCCCCCGACAUCGCCCCUCCGUCGCCCCUCCGUCGCCCUCAGUCCCCCCGACAUCGCCCCUCCUUUGCCCUCCGUCGUCCCUCCGUCGCCCCUCCUUCGCCCUCCGUCGCCCCUCCUUCGCCCUCCUUCGCCCUCCGUCGCCCCUCCGUUGCCCCUCCUUCGCCCUCCGUCGCCCCCACGUCGCCCCUCCGUCGCCCCUCCUUCGCCCCUCCUUCGCCCUCCGUCGCCCCAACGUUGCCCUCCGUCGCCCUGACGUCGCCCCUCCUUCGCCCUCCUUCGCCCUCGGUCCCCCCGACGUCGCCCACCUUCGCCCUCCGUCCCCCCAACGUCGCCCUCCUUCUCUCUCCGUUGCCCCGACGUCGCCCCUGAUGUCGCCCUCCUUCGCCCUCCAUCCCCCCGACACCGCCCCCCUUCGCCCUCCGUCGCCCCGACAUCGUCCUCCAUCGCCCCGUUGUCGCCCCUCCGUCGCCCUCCGUCGCCCCUCCGUCACCCUACUUCGCCCUCCGUCGCCCUCCGUCGCCCCGACAUCGCCCUCCUUCGCCCUCGGUCCCCCCGACAUCGCCCCCGUUCGCCCUCCGUCGCCCUCCGUCACCCCUCCUUCGCCCCGAGAUCGCCCUCCUUCGCGCUCCGUUGCCCCGACGUCGCCCUCCUUCGCGCUCCGUCGCCCUCCGUCUCCCUCCGUCGCCCCGACAUCGCCCUCCUUCGCCCUCCGUCUCCCCGACGUCGCCCUCCUUCGCCCUCGGUCCCCCCUCCAUCGCCCCCCUUCGCCCUCCGUUGCCUGCUGUCGCCCUCCGUCGCCCCGAGAUCGCCCUCCGCCCCGACCGCGCCCCUCCUUCGCCCCUCCUUCGCCCUCCUUCGCCCCUCCUUCGCCCCGACAUCGCCCUCCUACGCCCUCGCUCCCCCCAACGUCGCCCCUCCUUCGCCCUCCGUCUCCCCGAUGUCGCCCUCCUUCGCCCCUCCUUCGCCCUCCAUCGCCCCUCCUUCGCCCUCCGUCGCCCCUCCUGCGCCCCUGCUGCGCCCUCCGUCGCCUUCCGUCGCCCUCCUUCACCCUCCGUCGCCCUCCUUCGCCCUCCGUCGCCCCUCCCUCGCCCUCCAUCGCCCCUCUGUCGCCCCCCUUCGCCGUCGGUCCCCCCGACAUCGCCCCCCUUCGCCCUCCGUUGCCCCGUUGUCGCCCUCCGUCGCCCUUCCGUCGCCCUUCCGUCGCCCUCCGUCGCCCUCCGUUGCCCCGAUGUUGCCCCUCCUUCGCCUUCCGUCGCCCUCCGUCGCCCUCCGUUGACCUCCUUCGCCCUCCGUCGCCCUCGGUUCCCCCGACAUCGCCCUCCUUCGCCCUCCGUCGCCCACCGUCUCCCUCCGUCGCCCCGACAUCGCCCUCCUUCGCCCUCCAUCUCCCCGACGUCGCCCUCCUUCGCCCCGACUUCGCCCUCCUUCCCCCUCCGUCGCCCCGACAUCGCCCUCCUUCACCCUCAGUCCCCCCAACGUCGCCCUCCUGCGCCCUCCGCCGCCCCUCCGUCGCCCUCCUGCGCCCCUCCGUCACCCGCUUUCGCCCCUCCUUCGCCCGACGUCGCCUCUCCGCCGCCCGACGUCCCCGCUCUUUUGCCUCUCCGUCGCCCGACAUCGCCCCUCCGUCGCCCUCCUUUGCCCUCCCCCGCGCCUCCGUCGCCCCUCCGUUGCCCUCCGUCGCCCUCCGUUGCCCGCUUUCGCCCCUCCUUCUCCAGACGUCGCCCGCUUUUACCCCUCCUUCGCCCGACGUCGCCUCUCCGUCGCCCGACGUCCCCGCUCUUUCGCCUCUCCGUCGCCCCGACGUUGCCCCUCCGUUGCCCGACGUCGCCCCUCCGUCGCCCUCCUGCACCCUCCACUGCCCCUCUGUCGCCCUCCUGCGCCCCUCCGUCGCCCCUCCGUCGCCAUCUGUCGCCCCUCCUUCUCCAGACGUCGCCUCUCCGUCGCCCUACGUCGCCCUCCUUCGCCCUCCGCCGCCCCCUGUUGCCCCUCCGUCGCCCUCCGUCGCCUGCUUUCGCCCCUCCUUCUCCAGACGUCGCCCGCUUUCACCUCUCCGUCGCCCCGACGUCGCCCCUCCGUCGCCCGACGUCUCCCCUCCGUCGCCCUCCUGCACCCUCCACCGCCCCUCCGUCGCCCUCCUGCGCCCCUCCGCAGCCCCUCUGUCGCCCUCGGUCGCCCCUCCUUCUCCAGACGUCGCCCGCUUUCGCCCCUCCUUCGCCCGACGUCGCCUCUCCGUCGCCCUCCGUCGCCCCUCUUUCGUCUCUCCGUCGCCCCUCCGUCGCCCUCCUGCGCCCUCCGCCACCCCUCCGUCGCCCGCUUUCGCCCCUCCUUCUCCAGACGUCGCCUCUCCAUCGCCCGACGUCCCCGCUCCUUUGCCUCUCCGUCGCCCGCUUUCGCCCCUCCGUCGCCCGACGUCGCCUCUCCGUCGCCCUCCGUCGCCCUCCGUCGCCCCUCUGUCGCCCUCGGUCGCCCCUCCUUCUCCAGACGUCACCCGCUUUCGCCUCUCCGUCGCCCGACGUCGCCUCUCCGUCGCCCGACGUCCCCGCUCUUUCGCCUCUCCGUCGCCCGACGUCCCGCUCUUUCGCCUCUCCGUCGCCCGACGUCACCUGACGUCUCCCGAUGUCGCCCUCCUUCGCCCCUAA